AUAUGUCUCUUGACCUUGCAGGAUACCGAUCUAAUGAAUAUCUCCGAGCUAGAGUCCAACUUUGCUUCUGUAAGAGAAUUUAUACUCCAAGGUUUCUCUUGUGAGUGGAGGAUUCAGAUCUUCCUCUUCUCUCUCUUCACUACAACCUACGUGUUCACCAUAACUGGGAAUGGGACCAUUGUUUGUGCACUGUUGUGUGACAAGCGACUUCACACUCCCAUGUACAUGUUCCUGGGGAAUUUCUCCUUUCUAGAGAUCUGGUAUGUCUCUUCUACAGUCCCCAAGAUGUUGGUCAACUUCCUGUCGGAGAAAAAAACCAUCUCCUUUGCUGGGUGCUUCCUCCAGUUCUAUUUCUUUUUCUCAUUGGGUACAUCGGAAUGCUUGCUUUUGACUGUCAUGGCCUUUGAUCGAUAUCUAGCUAUCUGCCGUCCCCUGCACUACCCUAAUAUCAUGACUGGGAAUUCCUGUAUCAAACUGGUCAUUAUCUGCUGGAUUUGUGGGUUUCUGUGGUUCUUAAUUCCCAUUGCCCUCAUCUCUCAAAUGCCUUUCUGUGGACCAAACACUAUUGACCAUGUUGUGUGUGAUCCAGGGCCACUCUUUGCGUUAGCGUGUGCCACAGCCCCAGGAACUCAAAUGCUGUGCUACACUUUAAGCUCAUUAGUUAUCUUUGGUAACUUUUUCUUUAUUCUUGGGUCCUAUACUCUGGUCCUGAUAGCUGUGCUACGUAUGCCUUCAGCCUCUGGAAGACAUAAAGCCUUCUCCACCUGUGGGUCUCACUUGGCCGUGGUAUCGCUGUUCUAUGGUUCUCUGAUGGUCAUGUACGUGAGCCCAGGACUGGGACAUUCUGCUGGGAUGCAGAAAGUUGCAACAUUGUUUUAUGCUAUGGUGACCCCACUAUUUAACCCCCUCAUCUACAGCCUCCGAAAUAAGGAAAUAAAGGCAGCCAUGAGGAAAAUUAUGGGGAUUCCUAACAUAAUCUGA